UGACCUCUGGUGCAUAGUCUUCUCUGGUGCUUUAUGCCCUGGAGCACUCAAUAUGGAGUUCAUGGCCUAGCGGAUGGCCACCACCCCGUUUAGGACAGACACACCCACCUUUAAUUAUGUUUAGGGCCUGAUGAGUUUGCAGAGCUGUCAGGUUCCUAUUUAAAAGGAGACAAGAGCUCCUUGAUACUUAACCCUGAGACUUGGCAAAUUACUUAACCAGUGUGGCCCCCACCCAGGUUCUGGCAGUUCCCGUUGCUUUUUUCGUGUCCACCCAGCUCAGAAGGGACAUGGUGACCCCGUGGGAGUGCUCAGGAAAGUGAGGGCUACCAGACCCUGCAUGUUAUUUACAUGUCAGUAAUACACUCUUACUGCUUAGCAGGGGCAUCCUGGACUUUGUAUGUGCUGUGGUCACUUUUACCCUGUGUGGCAUGGCAGCCUCAGGUUGUGGGGCCAGUUCCGGGCUUGAGUCCCUCUGAGAAGGGGUGUGUCUUUGAUUCCCUACCCUGUAAUCCUCUUCUAAAAGAGCUUGCUGGAUGUUGCCAUGGUUCCGCGCUCCUUGUACCAGGGCUCCUGGCAGCUCAGCUGAGCCUCAUUGUGGUGUUCCCCCUAUAGUGUCUGCCCUUGUCUCUGGCCAUCUCCACCCAUCCUUCAGGACUGGGCCAUACAUGCCUUCUUGCGUACUCCAGGCCUGUAGUAGGUGUUCAGAAAGGAUUUGGUGACUUGUCGAGGGGAAUUCUGAAAUAUCCUUGGCUCCCAGGAUCUUACAGCAGCCCAGGUUGGUGGACUUGUAGCCUGGCUCCGUGCUGGGCACUGCACUGCCUCAGGGGGUCUCAGAGACCACAGAGCAGGCUGUUGGUGAACUUGCAGGGCCCACCUGACCUGGCCCCCACGGGCAGAGUCCCUCAAGACAGUGGUUAGCACUCCAUUCAGGAUCUACAGAGAUGAUCUGUGGUUUUCCCAACAUUCCACCUGGGCUUCCCUGCUCACGGAGGAGGAGCUGGGCUGGUCUUGCUUAAGUCCAAGCUGGACAGCAUUAGAGGCCCAGUUCGGCCCCACUGUAUCUUUGUACAGCUCCACUGCCUGGCCCUUCUCUGUCUAGCCCCACCACCGGCUGUUUCACUUGGCACAGGAGUGCACUGUUGUCACCUCUGGGUUUUACUUCACAGUCUCUCAGAGGUCGGCCCCGAUCAGUUCCUAAAAUGCUGGCCGGUUCUCACUUUGGAUUGCCUAUAUUCUGCAUGCAUGUGGGUCGAGCAUUGUGUGUGCCCCUCCCGUGGGUGUUGGGCCCUUCUGUCUUGCGCAGCCGGUAUUCUUACUGGCUGUUCUUCCCAAGUGUGAGGAUGGGAGGGGGAAACCCUGACCCGACCACAAGUGCUGUCAUCAGAUUCUCUGCUAGCCAGACCCUUCUGUGAGCAUGGGUGGCAGAAAAAAAAUGCUCUGCUUGGCUUUCUGACUUUCCAGUUGUAUCAAUGCAGGAAUGAACCAGCUCACAGAUGACAUAUUGAGAGCUCUUGUGCUCUCAGAUGAGGCUGGAUUAUAAUGAGAAUUGAGUGUGUCCUGUUGACCUGAUUCAGAGGUCAGAAAAGUUUAAGUACAUAGUUUUGUUGGGAAGGAGCUGCUGAGAUAAAAAGUAGGAGGGAAAGAGGGACAGUUUGGGGGCUGGGGCUGUAGGGAGAGUGCUACCUCUCCUUCCCUCCCCCAUGUCCCCCUCCCCAUCUGCUAGCCUCUUAGUGAAGAAGGAUGGCAGCCAGGAUGGCAGGUGCUGCUCUGUUUGCGUGCUGAUGGGGAGCUCCAGCCACUGCCUUGAGCUUCCCCUUCUUGCACUGUGCCGCUCGUGGGAUGUAGGCACUGCUCUGCCUGCUCCCUGGGCUCAGGCUGGGGUUUCCGUCCCCUGGGCAGCUCCCCUGAGUUGCAGCUGCAAUUACAUGCUCUGGCUGACCACAGAGCUGUGGGCUGUGAAUGUGACAGUCGGGGCCAUGCAGGCAGUGGCCAUGCUCCAGCUGUGGAUGUUCCUGGGGAGCAUAUGGGCCCCUCUGAUGAGGAAGUGCUUUUGUGCUUUUGCAAGUGGUGAGCUUGGCCGCUGCAGCUGGGACACGGCACUGCUGCGCCUCCUCCCCGCCAGCUGUGUCGUUCUUCCUCUAAGAAGCUGUGAAUGAGAGCGAUUUCACCCCGUAGGUGUGAGGCUCCCACUCGGGUGCUGGCAGCGGAAGGCACCUUGGCCAGGCCGAGUGCUGGCAACCUGAGGGCAGUUGCUCUCGCUCCUGCCUGGCUGUGGAACCAGGCAGGGCAGAGCAGGGCCAGGAGGCUGCACCUUCAAGAGCCAAGAGAGAGGAUCAAGCCGCACUGAUGACUUUUCCUUACUCAGGGAGAUGGGGUGGGACGCGGGCUGGGCUCAGCCAGGAUCUUUGAGGGAUGCAGGUGCUGCCGUCUCUUGAAGAGGCAGUUUGAGCCACAGAAAGAAUGGCCCUGACCUGGGAACAUGUGUGCAGUUCAUCAGAGGCAGGAAGAUGUGUGGUGUGCGCCAUUGCGGGGGCCGCGUGAGGAACGGGCUCCCGUGUUGCUGCUGUUUACCACGUGGCCUGCUUUGUAGGGAGAGCACUGGGUGGGCUGAAGCCCCUGUUGGGGUGGGUAGGUAUGUGAGUGUCCCUGGCUCUAGGCUGCCCUGGAGGGAAGGGAGAGGCGGCCCAGAGAUCUGCUAGGCACAAAGCCACUGGCCCUAUGUGGCUUCAAGAAGCUCUGUAACCUGUGCACUUACCUGCUGUGGCAGGUCAGGGUGAGUGUGUGGGCAGGAUGCCAACCAGCCUGGUGGCAUCUGGGUGCCCUCCCUCACCCCACCUAGUAAAGCACCAGUUGGGCUGUAUGUGAUAGGCAGUGCCUGUGCCAGGCUAGUAUAAGACCAUACUCUGCCACCUUCUAGCUCUGUGGUGAGCCCUGGAUCUCUAUUACCUUCCCAGACCCUCAGUUUCCUUAUCUGUAAAAGUGGGCUUGCAAGGAUGAAAAGUUAGAGAGCUUAGCUCCUGGAGGAACCCCACAAGUGGUGGUCCUGUAAGAGUCAGGCUGAGGUGGGCCUGCCCCACCUUAACUGACUGUGGGCCCCACCAGUGCUCAGACCUCAAGGAGCACAGGGUUUCCUCUUCGCCACCGUGGCUGCACACAUCCAGCUUAAUUCCUGAGAGAAUGGGGAUUUGGGGCAGGGCGGGAACCCUUGAAGUAUGCAGGAAAGAACAGUGAGCAACAGGCCUCACAGACUCUGCAGCUCAGUGUCUCGGUUCCUUGUUUCACGUGGAGUUGGAAAUCCCCCACAGGGCGGUAAUUACUCAGGCCCUGGGGUUUACCUACAUCGCCCCUGAAAUAGGGGAGGAGGAGGCUGGUCAAUGGCAGGUGUACCCCACUGCGCUGGCCCCAGCCCUGAACACAGAUCCAGCAUCAGACCAGCGAUCUGAUUCACAGAGCAACUUUCAGACAUGUGAUGAGGGCCAGUUAAAAUAUUUUUUCCAGUGUGGUAUGGUUUUAAAGAUGAUUCCAUGUACCCUGUUGUAGGCAGGUUUUCUGCCACAGCACAGCGUUGGCUGACUGUCCCCUUCCUGCGUUACUGUUACUCUUUACCAUGUUUCCACCCUCCCUGGACGGGGUGACCCAACCUGGGACCCACUGUGAGAUGCCCCCAGACUCUGACCGACCUUCCCCUGGCUUCUGACCUCAUGCGUGUGUGAACAUAUACAUGCUAGCCUCUGUAGACGGGUGAGGGCUUUGGUGUGGCUUGGGGCGUGCUGUCAUGUCAGAAGCCUGGAGUGCCGACUCCUCCCUCCCUGGCCUCAGCACCCUGGGAACCCAGCCACAGAACCUGCCCUCUCCGUGGGUGCAGCCAUCGCCAGCUCUCUGGAGAGCCCCUCAGGAAGCUGUUUGGCCUAUGUCUAGGUGGGUGCCCCGCUAGACCUGUGGCAUCCUCCCUAUUUGAGGCAAAGAGCAGGUCUGGAAGCGUGAGGAAUCAGGCCUGGCCCGGGUUCCAGCUCUCUGUGGACUCUUUUUUGCAAGGAGGCAUACACCCACUUCGGAGAGCAGACCCCAGAUCCCUUUCCCCACCAGGGGUGUGGGCGGUCUUUACACUGAGUCGUUGAGCAGCAACGCAGUGGCCUGCAGGGGCCUUGGUGGGAAGCUCCAGAGGUUGCACCAGAUAGAACAUGCCCUCUAGUUUGAAUCAGAGGUUGAGGGGGCCAGAGACAGACUCACUGUGGAGGGAGUCAGUGUCCCACCAGCCCUCAGCCUCCCUCCCCACGCAGGUACCAGAUGGUACAGGGAGAAGUCACUGUGUGGAAUUGGAAAAAGGGGAUUUGCUCACUUCACCUCCACGCAGCUGCCAACUGCCAUCUCCUUUCACCUCCAGUCACAGAGAUGUCCCAUCCAUAUGUGAGGAAACGGGUGCAUUUUGUAGCCUUUUAGAUUUGUGACCAAUUUCAGACACAAAAGUAGAGCGAAUAAUGUAACCAUGCCCCGGCUUCAGUAGAAACCAGUGUGGAGCUGAUCAGCAUUGUUUCAUCUAUCCCCCUUCUGCCACCCACACCCAAGCAUCGUUUCUCCAGUAAAUACUCCGAAACGUGUCAUUAAAAGCUGGGGGGUGAGCGGUGCACCUUUAGCGGCUCACACGGAAUGCAGCGUGCCUUGGAGCGCUGCACGGGCUCUUUGUUGCCCCUGCUUGGCCUGGCGGAGUGAGGAGACGGGGAUGUCACCAGCCUUGCGUGCGAGCAGUGUGGUAGCGUUCUGUGCUAUGUGGUCCAGAAUUGUGCUCAGGCUGCUUCUAUGGGGUGCCAUCCCCUCUUUUGUGCUGUCACGUGUGUGCAUCCAGCCCCCCUUCUUCCUGUGCACCAAACACCGCUAGCUAGUCUGGCUGGAGCAGUGACUUAUGAGCUGAGGGUCUCCCCAGGAACAAAGACCUUUCUGCUUCCUUUUUGCCUGCUCUUGGUUCUCAUGUCAUGGGAAGACCCCAUAAAAGCCCUGGGCACUAGGUUGGUGGUGAGGAGCAUGUGUCCCUGGGGUGUCCCGUAGGUUUGAACAAGGAUGUGCAUUCUCUCUCCCCAUGCCAAAGCUGGGAGAUGCCCUAUUUAGGGGGUGCCUGUGUAUUCAAUGCUGGAGACACUGGCUGGUUGAGCUGCCUGUGUGACACUGACUUUCCUGUCUUACGGAGUGUACGUGAUUAUGCCCCAUGAGCCUCCAGUCCAGGAUCUAAAACCACUCAGUGAGGUAGUUAAGGAAGUCACUUCCACCAGUAGUCACCUGCUGGCUUCUUGCCCUGCCUGCUCCCUGCACUUCAAGAGUGGUCUUCCGCCUCUCCUGACACCUUCCUUGCCCAACUGCCGUGGGCACACCAUCACCCUGUGGGCUCCUUGGCUAGGUGAUUAAUUACUUCCAAUAAAGAGGGCAGUCCAAGAGAGAAUAAGUGGGCUGAGAUGGUGAGCAGUUCACAUGGGAAAUCCUCAUUGAUGGAAAGGGGAAAUGACACUUGGCUUUGUUAAUUGUUAAUGAUAUAUGAAUUAAGUCGCAUCUGUUGAAGGAGCCCUAAGGAGAAAAUAAGAGACUUUGGGCAGUCAGGCAUCCUUCAUUUGUGAAUUCUGUCCCUUUUGGGAAAGCCCUUUGGUUUUGAGAGGUGUUCUUGUUUUUGUUCUUCUUGAGAACAAAUCCCAAAGGAGAUAGCCAAAGGAGGAAAGGGCCACCAGUGCGCCAGGCUAUUCCUGACAGCAGCAGGUUUGUAUAUGGCCCUGGGACUCUGGCCUGCAGACGUAUUCAAACCCCCUUGGGGCGGUGCUGGGCAGGUGCCCAGAGGCUUCUUCCUGUACAGGAACGGAACAGUGUCUGUGCUGUGAUUGUGAGCGAGUAUAUUUUCCUACAGACAGGUGCCAGGAGGGACCCAGAACAGGCCAAAGACAAGUGGUCUUGGCCACUUGGCCACGUGACAGCAGCUUAGCUCCCGCAGUGGCUAAAGUUGAAAGGCAGGGUUGUGUAGGAGCCAGCUAACUUCCCCACCGUCUGUUCUUCCUCCUGGCAUCCUUGCUCAUGGCACUGUCUUCACUCUGGUCCUCUCCCCUCUCCAGAGCUUUGGUGCCAUGUCACCAUCUCCCUAGGUGCUAGGACCUCCGCUGUCUACCCUGGAGGCCCCACUUAGGUGCUGCCCUCUCCAUAUGCAUGCCUGGUCUGUCUUCCACUUGACAUUGACCUCCCUGGCCUGAGGGCCCUGUGCUGGGCUUUGCAGGCCUGGAACCUGGUUGGGAGCCUCCUGAUGACCACAUCUCAUCCUGGGAGGCCAGCUGCUUCUGUGUGGGUGGGUGGAUGUUUUGGGAAGGCUGGUUCAGGAGCCUUCCAUCUUUGCGUGCCCAAUCCAGGCAGAGCCACGGGCUGGCUGGGGCGACACUGCCUACUGGGUCUGAGGCCAGAGGCCGGGCCGGGCCUGGAGCUGCACAGACUUCUGCCUGUCGGGUGUGGUGAGUGUCAGGGCUCAGGGCCAGACUCCUUGGAGCAUUUCUCAGGGUCUGCUUCCUGGUCCUCAGGGACUGACUGCACUUGGAAUGCCCAGGUGGUGCUUCCCACACAGUGCUCAGUGCCCUCACCAUCAUGACUUCAGGGCAGGGCAGAGCCAGAGGAGUGAGCCCCCCGGGAUGGUCCUGAAUUUCCAGGCAGCCAGGGCAGAAAGAGGUUAGGCAGAGAUAGCAUCUUCCACAGGGCUGAGAGCUGGAGAGCCUGCUCCAAGCCAGACUCUGCCCAUGCACUCAGGUGUGGGAGCUGUUCAGCAAGGACGGUAGGGCCUGCAGACCUCAGCCCACCUCACUCCUGCACAGCUUCCAGGAGCAGCUCCCACUGCUCGAGGUCUACGGUGCUAGCUUGCUUCCAGCCUCCGGGGUUGCCCAGGUGUUCUGCCUCCCCCCUCCUGUCUGGCAGUAGGACAGUGUCUGCCCAAGGACAAGGACAGUUUGUACUGCCGAGCUUGCUCUGCAGGGACUGUGGUUCAGGAGUGUGUGAGGACCCAGGGCUCUAAAUAUACCAGGGUGAGGUCACUGGGAUGGAGACAGGCCAUGUGGCAAGCUCAGGACCCCAUCGGGGCUGGAAUCCUAGGGCUGGGGACAGGGAGUGGGUGGCCUCGCUGUUCCUAUGGUACUGGCCUCCUUGCUUCGUGGUCUCCUCCUGCGCCGAAUCUCUUCCCUGGCACGUCAAAGAUCCGGAACAUGGUGGCGGUGCUGGAAGUCAUCUCCAGCCUGGAGAAAUACCCCAUUACCAAAGAGGCACUGGAGGAAACUCGACUUGGGAAGCUCAUCAACGACGUCCGCAAGAAAACGAAGAACGAGGAGCUCGCCAAGCGGGCCAAGAAGCUGCUGCGGAGCUGGCAGAAGCUCAUCGAGCCCGUGCACCAGAAUGAGGCGGCGCUGCGGGGGCUGGCGGCCAGUGCCGGCUCCGCCAACGGGGGUGCUCACAACUGCCGGCCAGAGGCGGGGGCGGCCGGCACGCCCAAGAGCAUCCAUGACCUGAAGAACCGCAACGACAUCCAGAGGCUGCCCGGACAGCGGCUGGACAGGCUGGGCAGCCGCAAGCGCCGGGGAGAUCAGCGUGACCUUGGCCACCCUGGCCCACCUCCCAAGGUCUCCAAAGCCAGCCAUGACUCCCUGGUACCCAACUCAUCCCCCCUCCCCACCAACGGGAUCGGCGGGAGCCCCGAGAGCUUCCCUGGUGCCCUGGACGGCAGCGGGCACACGGGCCCUGAGGGUGGCCGCCUAGAGCACGGCGAGAGCGACAAGCACAGCGGCAAGAUUCCCGUCAACGCCGUUCGGCCGCACACCAGCUCCCCGGGCCUGGGCAAGCCCCCGGGCCCCUGCUUGCAGACAAAGGCUGCGGUGCUGCAGCAGCUGGACCGGGUGGAUGAGACUCCGGGCCCCCCCCAUUCCAGGGGGCCGCCUCGCUGCUCUUUCAGUCCCCGGAACUCACGGCACGAGGGCUCCUUUGCCCGGCAGAGGAGCCCGUACACACCCAAGGGCUCCAUGCCCAGCCCCUCUCCACGGCCCCAGGCACUUGAUGCCACACAGGUGCCAUCACCGCUUCCACUGGCCCAGCCGUCCACACCACCUGUGAGGCGGCUUGAGCUGCUGCCCAGUGCAGAGAGCCCGGUGCGCUGGCUGGAGCAGCCCGAGGGCCACCAGCGGCUGGCAGGGCAGGGUUGCAAGGUGGGGCUGCCUCCAGCCGAGUCCCUCCUUCCCCGGGCGGGCUUUUCCCCUGACUCCUCCAAGGCGGACAGCGAUGCUGCCUCGUCUGGUGGCUCGGACAGCAAAAAGAAGAAGAGGUACCGGCCUCGUGACUACACGGUGAACUUGGAUGGGCAGGUGGCUGAGGCGGGUGUCAAGCCUGUCCGGUUAAAAGAGCGGAAGCUCACCUUUGACCCCAUGACCAGACAGAUCAAACCUCUGACCCAGAAAGAGCCAGUGCGGGCUGACAGCCCUGUGCACACAGAGCAGCCCAGGACAGAGCUGGACAAGCCCGAGGCCAAGGCCAGCGUCCAGAGCCCUUUUGAACAGACGAACUGGAAGGAGCUGUCGCGCAAUGAGAUCAUCCAGUCCUACCUGAGCCGGCAGAGCAGCCUGCUCUCGUCGUCAGGCGCACAGACCCCAGGGGCUCACCACUUCAUGUCUGAGUACCUGAAGCAGGAGGAGAGCACCCGGCGCGGGGCCAGGAAGCCACACGUGCUGGUGCCUCACAGCGCACCCACGGACCUCCCGGGGCUGAACCGUGAGGUCACGCAGGACGAUCUGGACAGAAUCCAGGCCCACCAGUGGCCAGGGGUGAACGGGUGUCAGGACACACAGGGUAACUGGUAUGACUGGACGCAGUGCAUAUCGCUCGAUCCGCACGGCGACGACGGGCGAUUGAACAUUCUGCCUUAUGUCUGCUUGGACUGACCAGCCUGUCGGCCUCUAAGUGCAUUCCCACCUUGCAGUUAGCAUGGCAGGUGGGCAGCCGGGGCUUGGCUGCCUCCAGUGGUUGGGAAUCCGGGGAGUCCGGCCUGGGGCGGGAGGGAGGGGACAGGAGUCUCGAGGUCUCUCCGUGCUCUUCCCUCAAAAUUCUCCUUCUUUUGUGAAAUGCUGCUACCAGUUUACUAACAAAAUUGCAAAGGAAGGACCAUGUGGAAGGAAGGCCGGCAAAGUGAGUUCAGAACUCUAUAGCAAACCAGCUAUAAAAAGCGUUAGUUCCCCACCCCGGAAGAGGUGCGGACACUUCCCAGCACCUGUGAGCUGGGACCUCAGUUGCAGGCAGGCACAGAAAACCUGGGGGAGAGGUUACCUUUAAACACAGCAACAGAAGCACGCAUCUCAUCUAUUUGCAUUUUCCUUUUUUAAAUUUGGCCCUGAGUGUCUGAGGCAGUGGGUGUACCUACACAGUGGCCUCUGUUUGCACCCUACCUGGCCAGCGCUUCAGUCCUGACGCCAGAAGCUUGUUGGCCGCAGCAAGCUGCUGGCAGCAGGUGGGCUGGCCAGCCAGCCAGUAUGACCUACACUCCAUGGGCAGCCACACAUUUUCAUCUGGUUUCGGUUAAAACCCAGUUUUGGAAAAAAUGCUGCAAAAUCUUAAGUUUUCUAGGAGUUUAUUUUAUCCCCCUCUUCCAUCUGACCACCAGCCAAAUAAUUUUCCUCUUUCUCCCUUUUCAGUUUCCCCUUCCUACGCAUAUCUUGAAAAUUUCACCUUUCUAGAGUCCCCUCCCAAAAAAAACAAAAGUAACCGCGGGUGCUACUGGUGUGUAAGCUGUAUUGUUGGGCAAGAGGAGACCUGUCUGUACGCUGGAAACACUCAUAACCAUUCCUUUAGAUUCGUUUGCCUUAUGGUUAUUUGUCAUAAACGCGAUUUGCAAAAACAAGGAGCCUUAGUGAAUGUACAGUACCUAGACUUCUGUGUUCUCAGGACACAGAAGGGAGCAACUUUGCUAUUUGGUCCAGUAAGUGGACACCUUGUGAUAUAAAUGUGGAAAUAAAAAAAAAAAAAAACAUUUGCACAAA